GAGACCAACUCUGCAACAUUCAGACUUUCAACAUCACCGCCUUUCCAUUUUAUUCUCACAUUUAGUAUAUCUUUCCUACAAACAAUUCAUCGAAUCCGAACAUGUAAUAUACCGCAACACAAGAUGCGCUUUCUCAGCAUCAGUACCAUAAUAACCAUUGCUUUGCGGCAAUUUGCCUUCUCUGCCUUCGCACAUCCAACAGCCAGUCCUUCGCAAUACUCUCCAACGCACGAUCAGUCGGUGAUAUCGCUGCCCCUCUUCCAUUCCCUAGAAGAACUGGCCCGCUUAGUCGACAUAUCUUACUGCGUUGGCACGAGCGGUAUUUCAAAGCCUUUCAAAUGUGCCAGUCGCUGUGAUGAAUUUCCGGGGUACGAGUUGGUAGAUACAUUCAAUACCGGUGUGGCGAAAAGCGAUAGUUCUGGAUAUAUUGUGUUAGAUCACGGACUGCAGGAUGUGAGGGAUGGGAGGAAGGGCAGGAUAAUUGUAGCCUUUAGAGGUACUUAUUCAAUUGCGAACACAAUUGCAGAUUUGAGUACGGUGCCGCAAGAAUACAUACCUUAUCCUGAGGACCCCGAUGAGCCUGCAACCCUGGAUACAUCUACUGAGACCUCCAAAAUAUAUGCUGUACAACGGUUCCUCGACCACAUUCCUCGACCUUGGUCUUUCCAGUGGAAACACACAUUGAAAUCGACGACAUCAGAUCAAAAGUUGGGAGGAACAAUUAGAAAGUGUACGAAUUGCACAGUUCAUACAGGCUUCUAUACUUCAUGGAUCAAUACUCGCCAAUACAUCCUACCUCAUCUCAACGUGCUGAGACAAAAAUAUCCAGAAUAUCAACUGCAUUUGGUGGGGCAUUCACUUGGUGGGGCUGUUGCCGCUCUUGCUGCACUGGAACUUGAAGGGAAUGGGUGGAGAACAAUAAUUACGACUUUUGGAGAGCCGAUGAUUGGUAACCACGGGCUGAUGGAAUUCAUUGAUACAGUAUUUGGACUGGAUAGAAGAGACCAUAACGGCAUGGACAGGAGGUACAGAAGAGUGACGCAUGUAGGAGAUCCGAUCCCCCUCCUCCCUUUGAAGGAAUGGGGAUAUAGAAGCCAUGCUGGCGAAAUAUACAUUGAGAAGGGGGACUUGCAGCCUGAAGCUCAGGACAUUCAUAUUUGUUACGGUGACGAGGAUAAUGACUGUAUUACGGGGAGUGAUGGGGGUGGCUUGUGGUUUCAAGGGAAAGACAUAUCCUCCACAAUCCCCGUGGACUUUCUGGACGAAAUACGAAAUGUAAAAUGGACUACAGGAGAGGCUGAUGCCAAAGCAGGAGCAGAUGGAGAAAUGGAGAGGAUCCAAAAGCGAUGGCCGAAGCUUCCCAUUCCAACAAGAUAUAAACUCUGGCAGCUAUUCUUCGCACAUAGAGAUUACUUUUGGAGAUUGGGAGUCUGUUUGCCAGGGGGAGAUCCGUUAGAUUGGAGAAGACCACAUUAUAAUCUCACGGAAACGGGGGAUGAUACGGGAAGAGAGGAGCUAUGAUGAUGUACGGUAUUGCUAGUUGGCUUCUACGAAUCAUGGAUAGCUGCAUGACACCAAGCUACAGAUUCAAAUUGUAAGAAAAUGAUGCGUUGCUCUCUUUUUCUAAGUGUUGGAGUUCAUGGAAUACUAUAGUCUAGUAACAAUACCUCAAAAAAUUGUGCAUAUGAGUGGCUGGGAUUGGGAUUGAAAGCAUGGUUUUAUUUUCAUUGGUUCAAUGUGAAGAGUCGUUAUUCAGAACAAGUGCUCACCCGUAUCAGCCUGAUUUUACAAAUCGAUAGAUAUAAUAUGUUUCCCCUGGUCUAGUAGAAGAUAGUGUCCUACAUAUGACCUAAUGGUAACUUUCUGUUUAUCCCAUGCCACCCAACCCCCAUGAAUUUCUCAACAUUUUAUUCCAUGUAUCUCGCAUGUAUGAAUGUACUAUCUUCACUCUCACCAUAACUAUUCAUACCCAUCUAAUUUAUCCUCACUCUCA